CGAUCGUAACAGUGUGAUAGAUUUAAAUUUGUGUUUGGCUUGGCAAUGCUCGUUUUCCAUAAGUGGGAGGGGAAAGGAAAGAAGAAGAGAAAGGGUCGGACUCCGCUGCAACGGGCGAACUUCACAAUCCAUGGACUGUGGCCAGAGCGCUUCGAUGGAGGUUGGCCUUCAUGCUGCAAUGUUGAUGAAUAUCCUUAUGAGCCUGAAAAGAUCAAAGACCUUCAACGUCAGCUGGAUUUGGACUGGCCAUCACUGCGGUGCAAACCUCCAAGUGGAUGCAGCAAUCCAGGGCAAGGAGGCAUUCGAUCAUUCCACAGACAUGAGGUGACCUACAAUUUUGCCUCUACCUUCCUCCCCCGAAUAGAACGUACGGUCAUUUCUGCUGCAUCUGGCCUAAAAGAGAAGCAUGGGACAUGUUCGAUCCCUGUUUUUCCUGAUAUCCAUCGCUACUUCAGCGCUGUUUUGGCCCUUAAGGACAGCAUUGAUGUUCUGGGCGCUUUGGCAAAGGCAGACAUCGUCCCUACCGACAAUGAAAGGUACACUUACCAGCAGAUGAGGGAUGCCAUUGCGGUGGACGUGGGAGCCACUCCUCAUAUUGACUGCAAGAAUGGAAAGUUGUCCGAAGUUUGGAUUUGCCUCCAGAAAUAUCCUGAUUCAGAUAACGAAUUCAAGGUAUUCGAUUGCCCACAGAGUGAGGUCAAGUCCUGCCCGAAGGGACAGCCGAUCUCCAUUCCCGUGAGAACCCCAUUUCUUGACAAUGGCAGUCAGAUGACGUCAGCAAUAUGAAAAAAUGAAGAGCUGCAGAGCAGAAGCAGCAGAAGCAGCAGCAAGGACAAGGGUCCCACAACAGGAAGGAAGCCCGCCAACCUUGAGCUGUCAGCUUGACCUUAGCUUGCAGGACUUUGCGGUGGCGUGUGUCAGACUCUGUUCUUCUCUUGCCGUCAAUCAAACAUUUCUGGUGUGAAGCGAAUAGCUCUUGCCACAUGGGAAGGAAGCUGUCAUGAGGAUGUCAGAUACGACAGACGCAUCGGCCUCCCACUCGAUAUUGUCAGCGUUCCUCUUCAUUUUCCUCUUUUCGGCACCUUUUUCUAUGUAUGCAAUAUUUUAUUCUGUUAUUUAUUUAUACUCUUUAUGAACUUGAUAAUAGUUAAUGUCUAGUUAUGAAUCUUCCGUCCCUUCCUUUGCUGACCAUCUUCAGAAUCUUCAGAUCACUUUUGACUGCAACGCUUGCAUGAUCCAAGCUUCGAGGUACAUAGACCACAACAUUACAAUUGUUUCCAUUCUAAGACUUCAGAGAUGCGGAAAAAUAACUCAUGCUUCAUGAUACACUGAAACGACACAUGAGUGGCGACUUGGGGAGGGGAUCAUAUAUGCUUCAGUGUAUGAUAGAGGGAUUAGAUACAACCCUUUUUUUUUUUCUUUUUUUUUUUUAUCGGUUAAGAUCGGCAAUUCAGUAAGGCACGUGUUCAGCUGGACAUCACAAAAUUUUGAAUCGAGGUUAUUUAUGCUGUCACCAAUUUUGCCAUGGUCUUUCGAGUUCCUAGAGACGGUGGUUUUUCGGUCAAUUCUAGAAAUGAAUAUGCUGCUCCAUU